AUGGCUGUUGUUGACCUGGCAGAGGCAACGUUCAACGCGCGCCUGGUCGACCUCGCCACGUUCGAUGGAGCAGGUCAUCUCAAUGUGCGCAACAAAGGCUCCAGAGUUGUGUGGCAGCUGCGCUUUCCCGUCGGUGACUGUACAUGUAUGGAGCUGGUCAACCAGACAACGUUUGAGGCGGUGAAAAUGUCCAAGAAAACCGAGACCAAGCAUUCGCUCGAGUUUGACGGUCGACAGCUGGAUGGCCGCUACUUGUUUGUCACCAUUCAAGAGCUACCCGAAAAUCGCGCAUAUUUCGCGGCCGUUCGUGUGCUCGACACGAGCAUCUGGCCGUUGACGGUUCGCCAGUACGCUGUCGCGCGAAAGUGUCACGGUACCACCUUGCAGGGCCGACACUGCUUGCGGACGGGCUCUUUCUUUGACUACUGCCACAAUCACAUUGGACAAGCGCGACGACCGACUCCAGAAGCGCCACUGCGCGAGACGCGUCAGUACAAGUCUCUCGUGAACUUUGCCCGGACCGAGGCGCUUGACAUUUCCCAGUUGCUGGAGCGACUGGAGCGACUCGGCGUGAGCAGUGGAGAAAGCGCAGCUGCUGAGAACCUUGCCAACGGCAGUCUCAACUGCAGUUCAGCGAAAGCGCAGUCAGCUUGA